GCAGUAUCUAUUCGCUAGGUUUGUAAAAUGAAGGUCUUAGGCUAACAUUAAUUACCCUGGGUGGAGGCGUAGGUUAGGUUGUUCGAAUUGGAGACGUCUCGUCUCGUAUUGUCGGGAUGGCAGAGCACGCGGGGAAUAAUUGGGGCGUUUCUUCUGGAGGAGGAGGAAGGCUUCUGGCCCGGCUUUUAUAUCCAGCCCAUCCCUCUGGUCGCCCAGCCCAGAACAUCACCUACCAUAAAGGACGACGACGAGAUUUUUGCCACCCAUGAUGGAGAAGCCGAAUCACGAUCACGAUCAAGAUCAGGGGUCACCAGACACCCAAAAAGUCGAGGACGUGCAGCAGCCCCGGCACGUCUCCCUAGCGAACAGCGACGUUGAGCAGCUCUCAGCCGUGUUCGAGAACCCGCUCGCCGGCAAGACGCGGGAGGAGCUCCUCGCGGAUGUCGAGGCCUUCUGCCAGCAGUGGGAGCUGAUGGACCACAUCUCCGACUUCCGCAAGGGCGCUCUAGUGGCGCAGAACCCGCGCGACUACGCCGACCUGCCCGAGCUCUCCGCGGCCGACAAGGAGGUCAUCGAGCGCGAGCACACGCACCGCUGGUCCCAGCCCUUCACGCUGUACUGGCUGUGCAUCAUGUGCUCGCUCGCCGCGGCCGUGCAGGGCAUGGACGAGACGGUCAACAACGGCGCGCAGGCGCUGUACCUCAAGGACCUGGAUAUCGCGGGGCCCGGGGUCACGCGCUUCUCCAAGAGCAUGCAGGAGAGCCUUACCGGCUUGGUCGUGGGCGCCCCUUACCUGUGCUGCGCCCUCAUCGGCUGCUGGUUGAACGAGCCGCUCAAUAAAGUGCUGGGUCGCCGGGGCACCAUCUUCGUCUCGUGCUUCGUGGCCGCCGUGGCGUCCAUCUGGGAGGGCGUCGCGAACAGCUGGGUAAACUUGUUCAUCGCGAGGUUCGUCCUCGGGUUCGGAAUCGGGCCAAAGUCCUCCACUGUGCCCGUCUACGCCGCCGAGUGUACUCCGGCCCCGAUUCGGGGUGCGUUGGUCAUGCAAUGGCAAAUGUGGACUGCUUUUGGUAUUAUGCUUGGUAACAUCAUGGGAGUUUGCUUCGGGCCCGCCACCGGCAUUGACCCCAGCUUGGGCUGGCGUCUGAUGCUCGGAAGCACUGUGGUGCUCCCGCUGAUUGUCUGCGCGCAGGUUUAUUAUUGCCCAGAAUCCCCCAGAUGGUAUAUACAACACAACAAGGUCGCCAAGGCGUUCCACUCCUUCCAGCGGCUUCGGUUUUCCAACAUCCAGGCGGCACGCGACUGCUACUACACAUACGUCGGCGUCGAGCUUGAGCGCGAGAUCAACAAGGGGAAGAACCUCUUCACGCAGUUCUUCGAGCUCUUCAGCGUGCCUCGAAACCGGAGAGCGACCCUGGCCACAUGGAUCGUCAUGUUCGGCCAGCAGUUCUGCGGGGUGAACAUCAUCGCCUACUACAGCACCACCAUCUUCAUCGAGUCGGGCUACUCGACCAACUCGGCCCUCCUAGCCUCCAUGGGCACCGGCAUCCUGAACUGGGUGUUCGCCAUCCCCGCCCUCUUCACAAUCGACCGCUGGGGCCGCCGCAACCUCCUGCUCUUCACCUUCCCCUUCCUGGCCAUCUUCCUCCUCUGGACGGGCAUGUCCUUCUUCGCCACGGGCAACCGCACCAAGGUCGCCAUGGUCACGACGGGCAUGUACCUCUUCGAGGUGUUCUAUUCCCCCGGCGAGGGCCCCGUCCCCUUCACCUACAGCGCCGAGGCGUUUCCCGUGCACAUCCGCGACGUGGGCAUGUCGUGGGCGACCGCCACCACGUGGUGCUUCAACUUCAUCAUCUCCUUCACCUGGCCGCGCAUGCUGACCGUGUUCAAGCCGCAGGGCGGCUUUGGCUGGUACGCCGCCUGGUGCGUCAUUUUGUGGUUCCUGAUCCUGCUGUUCGUGCCCGAGACGAAGGCCCUUACCCUUGAGGAGCUCGACCAGGUCUUCAGUGUCAGUACUAGGAAGCACAUGGCUUACCAGAUAAGGAAUGCUGUCUGGCACUUUAGGACGUGGGUCCUCCGCCAGAAGCUGGAGCCGCUGCCGCCAUUCUACCGCCACUCUCAGAAGAUGAGCGAGGCUUGAGGGGGUUGGCUGUAUUGCUGGUUUUGGAGAUGCUACUGGGAUGUCGGUUUGUCAUUAUACUUGGGGUAGACAGAGAGGAUGUUUACUGUGCGACUAGGAUCCAGGGAGUGGCGGCGAUGGUGAAGGAACAGAUUAAUUAUGGCACUGAUGUGGCGCGACUUCACGCCAUGAUGGGAGGACCUAGGGGCUGCGCAAAGAUGUUGGCCGAGGGCUGAGUGCAUCGAGGAGGUUAUGCGAAGGAAUCAAUGCCAUUCUAGGUAUUAACGCAACUGUGAAAAGGGGCUUGGAUGGACCUUGUCUGCACAUCGGAACGCAGCAGGUAAAGGAUGCGGUUCUAAAUUCGAAGCACCGCCAACAAAGGUCUAGUAUAUUGACGUUGUGAUUCUUAGACGCGCGCAAGCUAAAACCCAACUGUCGUCA